AUGCAACUUGCUCAAAAAAAAAAAUCAUUUUAAUUAGACCAAACAAUAAAGCCAUACAUAUCACAUUCUGUAUCCAGGCCACUUGCAUGCCCACUCAUCAUUGACGUACAACUCCUAUUUUCUUCUUGCUAAGAUUUUAUCCAUCUGUAUUUAUUAUGCACAAUAAAUGUAUCAAAAAUGACACACUCGAUCAUUGCAGCUUAUCUUCCCCAGCUAGAACUCAGCCAUGUCAGCGGCCAUGUUCAUAAUCCUCAUACCAAUUAUACUACUCUCCUUCAAUGCAAGAUUUGUUGAAGCACAGAGUGGGCAUCUUCCUCCAGAUGAAUUAAAUGCACUGAAGGAAAUAGCAGAUCAACUGGGGAAGAAGGAUUGGGAUUUCAAUGUAAAUCCUUGUGAAAAGAAGUUUAACCAGAUGAAACCAAUAGGGAAUGAUAUGCCAGAGUAUGUGUACAAUAAUUCUCUCACUUGCAAUUGUAGCUUCCCUGCUGGUAUUUGCCAUGUUGACGCCAUAGUUUUGAAAGCACAGAGUCUGCAAGGUGUCCUUCCUCCUUCAUUGGCGAAGUUACCCUUUAUCAAGAAAAUUGAUUUAACUCGCAACUACUUAAGUGGUACAAUUCCCCCUGAAUGGGCUUCUACCAAAUUGGAAUAUCUGGAUGUUCUUGUGAAUCGAUUGUCUGGACCAAUUCCAAAAUACUUGGGAAAUAUAACAACUCUUCAACACUUAGGCUUGGAGAACAACAUGUUCAAUGGAACUGUCCCACCUGAGCUUGGGAAACUUGUCAAAUUAAAAAAACUCUUUCUUGGUGCUAAUUAUCUCACAGGUGAAUGGCCAAAAGAACUUAAUUCUCUUACAAAAUUGAAGGAGUUUAGGCUCAGCAGUAAUAACUUCACUGGGAAACUGCCUAGCUUUCAAGGUUUGAAAAACAUCGAAGAACUAGAGGUUCAAGCAAGUGGCUUUGAAGGACCCAUACCUGAAAAUAUUUCUCUUUUGACAAGCUUGACAGAACUUAGAAUCAGUGACCUAAAUGGAGGUGGUGUCUCCAAGUUUCCUAUAUUAAACAGCAUGACAGGACUGAGAAAGUUGAUAUUGAGGAGGUGUAAUAUUUCUGGGAGGAUACCUGAAUAUAUAUCUAAUAUGACAAGCUUGCGACAACUAGAUUUGAGUUUUAAUAAUCUGGAAGGAGGGAUUGAUGGUCUUCAAAUUGAUAAUGCACACUACAUAUAUCUAACAAGCAACUCGCUUAGUGGGCGAAUUCCUCAAUGGUUUCUAAACCGAGAUCCCAGAUAUUACGUUGAUCUUUCAUACAACAAGUUUGACGAUAGCUCUGUGCCACUAAAUUGUCGGGAAAAUGUAAACUUGUUCAAAAGCCAUAAUGAAGGAGAAAAUUCACUAAUUGGAAAGUGUCUAAAGCAAUGCUCGAAAGAUUGGUAUUCAUUUCACAUCAAUUGUGGUGGGGGAAAUGUUUCGAUUGGUGACACUACAUACGAUGCAGAUGACGAUUCUAGCGGCCUUGCAAAAUUUGUUUCCAAAAGAGAGAACUGGGUAACCAGUAAUACGGGAUUUUUUUGGGAUAAAAAUAAAACGCUAACUGACUAUACAGCAACAAAUAUAUCUGUUAUCAAGGGAAAAGACUCUGAAAUCUACAAGACAGCUCGCUUGUCUCCUUUAUCUCUAGUAUAUUACGGACGCUGUUUAGCAAACGGGAACUACACUGUGAAGCUUCAUUUUGCAGAGAUAGUUUUGAGAGAUAACAGUUCUUUUCUAAGUCUUGGAAGGCGCAUAUUUGAUGUUUAUAUACAGGGCGAGAGGAAAUUAAAGGAUUUUGAUAUUAAAGCCGAAGCACAUGGAGCUGAUAAAGCGUUGGUUAAACAAUUUCAAGCAGUUGUCAGAGAUAAAACUCUCGAGGUGCGCCUUGAGUAUGCUGAAAAAGGAACAACCGCGGUCCCGAUUAGAGGAAAUUAUGGCUCUUUAAUAUCUGCCAUUUCUGUGGAAUCUGAUUUCAAGCCUCCCAAAAAUAGAAAGACUGUAAUCAUAGUUGUUGCAGUAGUUUCUUCAUUGUUUCUUGUUUUCGCAAUUCUCUGUUUUGCUGGAUGGAUGAUCUACACUAGAAACAAGACCUCACGGGAAAAGGAACUACAAGGUCUUGAUCUACGAACGGGUCGAUUUACCUUUAAACAAAUUAAAGCCGCUACAAACAACUUUGGUUCUGCAAAUAAGAUUGGAGAAGGUGGUUUUGGGCCUGUGUACAAGGGUACAUUAUUGGAUGGUACAGUUAUUGCUGUGAAACAACUCUCAUCCAAAUCAAAACAAGGAAACCGUGAAUUUUUGAAUGAAAUAAGCAUGAUUUCUUGUUUGCAGCACCCAAAUCUUGUGAAACUUCAUGGGUGUUGUGUUGAGGGAAAGCAAUUGUUGUUGGUGUAUGAGUACUUGGAAAACAAUAGCCUUGCCCAUGCUCUUUUUGGUCCAGAAGAUUGUCAGCUGAAAAUAGACUGGGCUACGAGACAAAGAAUAUGUGUUGGUAUUGCAAAAGGUUUAGCUUUCUUGCAUGAAGAAUCAGAAAUAAAAAUUGUUCAUAGAGACAUUAAAGCCAGUAAUGUACUUCUAGACAAAGAACUCAAUCCAAAAAUUUCUGACUUCGGUCUAGCUAAACUUGAUGAUGAAGAGAAGACACACCUCAGCACAAAAGUUGCUGGGACACUAGGAUAUAUGGCUCCAGAAUAUGCAAUGUGGGGCUACUUAACAUACAAAGCUGAUGUCUAUAGUUUCGGGGUGGUGGCACUAGAAAUUGUUGCUGGGAAGAACAACAUGAAGUAUCAACCUGAUGAGGACUAUGUUUGCCUCCUUGAUUGGGCACUAGUUCUUCAAGAAAACGAAAACCUAAUGGAGCUAAUUGAUCCAAGACUGGAUUCUGAUUUUGACAAAGAACAAGCUCUCAGAAUGGCUAAACUGGCUUUGCUUUGUACUAAUCCUUCCCCAGUCCUUAGGCCAUCCAUGUCUGCAGUUGUUAAAAUGCUUGAAGGCCAUGAUGAUGUUCUUGGAUACAAAUCCGAUCAAUACGAGUUCAAUUCUCAAGCAAUGACAGAUCAAUAUGAUGAAACCACAGUCGGCUCAAGUGAUUCUCCCUACAAAGUAAAUAUUUCUUCAGAUGCAAGUAAACUAACAGAGGACACUGGCACUCAACAACCAAGAGAUGAAGUAGAGGCAGUAUAAGGGCAAUAGGGCAGUAGGGGCACUCAUUUCUUGGUUGUUGAAUGCCAGUGCCCUUUGUUAUAAACAAUGAUGAAAAAUUAUAUCUUUAAUACAUACAAUAAAUUAUACUUGUAAUAUUAAAUUUUUGUCCCGACAAAGUUAAGGACCUUUGGCAUUAAGCAAAUGCACAUAUUUUUGUCUUUAUAUUUUGUGGAUAUCCAACUUUAU